AACUCCAUUCCCCACCCCAUUCUUCUCAUACCACACAUUCCAACAUGCCAAUGAAGAUCACUAAUAAGAGCGUAAUAGUCAAGUCAAAGAGGUGAAAGAGGCCUUGUGUUCGGUAGUAUUGCGGCAUUUCCUCUUAUCACUACCUAGAGUUAUUAUCAAAUUUGGGCAACCAGAAAUUUAGUUCGCGUGAUCAAUUUAGACUGCUUGUUCAAUUCGUAAGCUAAAAUCCUUAACCAGCUCCUCGAAUAUUUUCAGGCAAAUUAUUUCAUCAUGGACAUCACCAGUGAGUCGCCCUUAGAAGUACUUUCAAGAGCCGCCUCCAUGCGAGCAGUUCAGGACAAUAUUCUAGGUCUACCUCCAUCAUACGAGGAAGCGAGGUCAUUGUCAUUAAAAUGCAAAGAAUCGUCAGUAAAUGCACCCGCACCUACUGGUGGGAAAUGGAGGCGAGAGAGACGACACAAGCUGGCACCUCCUCCCGAUUACCCGACGCACAUCCAUAAAGCUAACUUGAAUGGAGAGUCUUUACCUCUUGACAUGUCUGUGAGCAGAAAAAUGAGGGGUUCUCCCCCAUCUUAUUCCCAAAGUAUUGCUGCAGCACAUCGGCCAACUGUCAUCAUAGCAUCAUCUCCUUCCUCCUCUCCAGCCUCUGAUGCUGGUGGCAUGUGCGACCCAGUAAUCGAUGAACACUUUCGUCGAUCAUUAGGCAAAGAUUAUAGCAGUGUUUUUCCAGAAAAACAAACCAACUGCCCAAGCAACUCUUCGAGUAGGAUUAGUGAUGCCUCAGGUGAUGACUCUAAUGAUGUCUCAGCAUCAUCUCUUUCUGUGGAUGAUCAUUUUGCCAAAGCUUUGGGAGAAACAUGGAUUCUUUUACAACAGCAGCAGCAAGCAGCCAGUAAACUAAAAGGGGCAAAACCUGAAAAGGAAGAACUUCGUGUUAAAUCACCAAGCAAAAGCCUUACUGCCAACAAAACAGAAAAUUUCGAAUCAAUCCUACCUGAAAUUCAAAAAGAAAAUUCAAUUCAAGAUCCCAAGUCUCUUUUAAGGCACCGCACUGACAAAGUGAUACCACCUUAGCUGUAUUUUUGGAGCUGAACUAUAAUAUUCUUGGGUCUUGAUGGUUAUAGUAUUGUAUUACAUGGUAUAAUCCUAAGAAAAUUUUUAAGCACAGCUUAACAAAUUCAAACAAGGGAAGUCCCCAAGCUGUCGUUUCUUAUUUUCCACGUUAUUGGAAUUUUUUUCUCUGUCUCAUUAUCUGUCCUGUAGACUCCAAGAACAGUUUAAAAAUUUGGUAAAGGAACUACAUUUGGAAUACCAAGAAACUCAGUGCUAGCUACAGUCAAUUUAUUUGAAAUGGUGUACCUUAAGCCCAGGCACGUAUCCAGGAUUUUGUUUCGGGGGAAGGGGGCCUUGUGGGGUCCCUGUACUACCGGGGGGUCUGGGGGGUACGGAAUACUCCCCAGUCCAGAGGGGGGUCCUCCUCUGGAAAAUUUUAAAAUUUUGCAAUCUAAUUAGACGCGUUCUGAGGCUUCCGUGACGCAGAUUGUCCAUCGAUGUCUGCAGAAAAAUUAUGUUUCCUUUUUGAACUUUCAGCAAAAAAUGUAUUUAUGCAUUCAAAAAGAUCCUGAAAAUAUUUACAAUCAUAAUUCUAUUUGGACGCACAUCGAGGCUUCCCUUACACAGAUUUUCCAUCGAUGUCUGCAGAAAAAUUACGUUUCCUUUUUGAACUUUCAGCAAAAAAUGCAUGUAUGCAUUCAAAAAGAUCAUGAAAAUUUGUGCAAUUUUAACUCUAGUUGGACGCAUUUCGAGGCUUCUGUAACACAGAUUUAUCAUAAAUUUAUGCAGAAAAA